CGCCUCGCAGUCCGACAUGCCGUCCGCGGGCCUGCCCUGAACGCGGCCGCCUGCGCGCGGGCGGGCCUCGGCGCUGGCCGGGGCCAUGCGCGCGCUGCGCUGACGAUGCCGCCCGCCCGCCUGGCGCUGGCCCUGGGCCUGGGCCUGUGGCUCGGGGCGCUGGCGGGGGGCCCCGGGCACGGCUGCGGGCCGUGCCCGUCCCCCUGCCUGUGCAGCCCAGCGCCCGGGGCCGCCUGCCGCGUCAACUGCUCGGGCCGCGGGCUGCGGACGCUGGAGCCGGCGCUGCGCAUCCCCGCGGACGCCACAGCUCUGGACCUCUCCCACAACCUGCUCCGGGCGCUGGACGCUGAGCUCCUGGCCAACCUCUCGGCGCUGGUGGAGCUGGACAUAAGCAGCAAUAAGAUUUCUGCGUUGGAAGAAGGAACAUUUGUUAAUUUAUUUAACUUAAGUGAAAUAAACCUGGGCGGGAACCCAUUCGAGUGUGGCUGUGGUUUGGCAUGGCUGCCACGCUGGCUGGAGGAGCAGCAGGUUCGUGUGGUCCAGCCGGAUGCGGCCACAUGUGCGGGGCCGGCCCCCCUGGCUGGUCAGCCGCUGCUCAGCACCUCCUUGCUGGAUGGUGGCUGUGGUGAGAAGUACGUCGCCUGCCUCCCAGUCAGCAGCUCGGGCACGGUAGCCACUGCAGCCUUCACUGCGCGCGGAGGACAACUGGCCCCUGAAACCUGCAGCGCCUUCUGCUUCUCCACUGGCCACGAGCUGGCAGCCCUCUCAGAGCAGGGCGAGUGCCUGUGUGGGGCGCCCCAGCCCCUCAACACCUCCUUGGCCUGCCUGUCCCUGUGCUCCAGCUCCCCACCUUCUCCCAGCCCUGCCUGUGGGGGCCCGAGCCUGCUCCAGCAUGUCUUCCCUGCCUCCCCAGGGGCUGUCCUGGAGGGGCCCCGUGGACCCCUGGCCUCUGGCUGGCCCGCAGCUUUCCACAUCACCGCCCCCCUCCCCAUCCAAUCCACGCGCUGGGACUUCGGCGACGGCUCCCCCAAGACAGACACGGCUGGCUCAGCCACCACCCACCGCUACCUGCUGCCAGGGCACUAUCACGUGACGGCUUUGCUGGCCCUGGGGGCUGGCUCUGCCAUGCUGGGCACAGAAGUGUGGGUGGAGGCAGCACCUGCUGCCCUGGGGCUCGUGUGCCCAUCCUUGGUGCGCAGUAAUGAGAGCCUCAAGCUUGGAGUCCAGAACCGUGGGGGCUCAGGCCUCGAGGCCACCUAUAGCAUCAUGGCCCUGGGCGAGGAGCCGGCUCAAGUGGUGCACCCACUCUGCUCUUCGGACACGGAGGUCUUCUCUGACAACGGGCAUUGCUACCGCCUGGUGGCCGAGAAGGCGCCCUGGCUGCAGGCACAGGAGCAGUGCCGAGCUUGGGCCGGGGCCGCUCUGGCCAUGGUGGACAGUCCUGCAGUCCAGAGCUUCUUGGUCUCCCAAGUUACCAGGAACCUGGACGUGUGGAUUGGCUUCUCGGCAGCUGAGGGAGCAGGGGCUGAGGCAGGCGCAGCCACCCAAGGUUCAGCCUUCAGCCUGGAGAGCUGCCAGAACUGGCUGCCCGGGGAGCCGCACCCAGCCACGGCCGAGCACUGUGUACGGCUUGGAUCUGCCGGCCAGUGCAACACAGACCUGUGCUCCGCCCCACACAGCUACGUCUGCGAGCUGCGGCCUGGAGGCCCUGUGUGGGACGCUGAGAACUUCCUCGUGGGCAUGCCCAGUGGGGAGAUACAGGGACCCCCAAGACUGCUGGCAUCACAGAGCAUGCUCCAAGUGCCCCGGGAGCCUGUGGAGGUCAUGGUGUUCCCGGGCCUGCACCUGCGCCGGGAAGCCUUCCUCACCGCGGUGGAAUUUGAGACGCUGGAGCUUAGGCAGCCUGUCCAGCUACGGCUGCAGGUGUACCGGCCCUCGGGAGCAGAAGGAGCCUCGGGGAACCUCACUGAGCCUGCAAGCAGGUCCCUGGAGAACAAGUUGCAGCCAGCCACGGAGGGCCUGACUGAGGGAUGCAGCUGCCCUGGCGGUCAAGGCUGCCUUCCUCGGGACUGUGCCAACAGGUCUGCAUCGGGGCUCUGGCGCCCCGCGGCCGCCUACGUGCUGUGGAGGGAGUUCCUGUUGGCCGUUCCUGCGGGGCCUCCUGCGUACUACUCGGUCUCCUUCAGCGACCAGGAUGCCCCUGUGCUCCCUGGGGACCUCGUCGGCUUGCAACAUGAUGCUGGACCCGGUGCCUUCCUGCGCUGCCCCCUAGCACCCAGCCACCCUGGCCUCGAGACCCCUUACUUCUCCACCAAUUCCUCUGCCUGGCUGGCCCACCUGCCUCCCAAGCUGGAGGGUUCUCCGGCCGGCCGCACCUGUGCCCUGUGGCUGCUUGCGGCCACAGAGCAGCUUACCCCACUGCUGGGUCUGACACCCAACCCUGGGUUGCCACGGCCCGGGCGUUACAAGGUCCAGGCCACGGUGGGCAACUCCGUGUCCAGACACAACCUGUCCUGCAGCUUUGAUGUGGUCUCCCCGGUGACUGGGCUGCGCGUCACCUACCCUGCCACCCAGGAUGGCCAACUGUACAUGCCAACCGGCGGCUCUGUGCUACUGCUGCAGGUGGACUCCGGAGCCAACGCCACUGCCACAGCUCGCUGGGCUGGGGGCAGUGUCAGCGCCCCGUUCAUGGCCACCUGCCCUGCCACCACAGCCGCCCUCGUGCCCGCCUGUGUUCAGGAGACCAAUGAUACCCUGUUCGCAGUGCUGGCGCUGCCCGCAUUGCGGGAGGGUGAGCACACGGUGCAGGUUGUAGCUGAGAACAAUGCCAGCCAUGCCAACCUCAGCCUGCGGCUGACUGCUGAGGAGCCCAUCCGAGGCCUCCACGCCUCACCCAGCCCCGAGAACCGUGUCCUACAGGGCGUCCUGGUGAGGUACAGCCCUGUGGUGGAGGCCGGCUCCAACGUGACCUUCCGCUGGACCAUUGACGACAAGCAGUCCCUGACCUUCCACAACAUGGUCUUCAAUGUCAUUUACCAGAGCGCAGCCGUUUUCAAGCUCUCGCUGACAGCCUCCAACCAUGUGAGCAAUGCGACGGUGAACUACAAUGUCACUGUGGAGCGCAUGAACAGGAUGUGCGGCCUGCAGGUGUCUGCAGUGCCGGCCGUGCUGUCCCCCAACACCACCUUAGAGCUGACGGCCAGCGUGCUGGUGGACUCGGCUGUGGACGUGACCUUCCAGUGGACUUUUGGCGAUGGGCAGCAGGUGGCAGGUCAGUUCAAGCCGCCAUAUGAUGAGUUCUUCCAGGUCCCAGACCCUACUGUGGCCCAGGUGCUGGUGGAGCACAGCGCCACCCACGUCUACACCAGCCCAGGUGAGUACAACCUGACGGUCCUCGUGUCCAACACCUUCGAGAACCUGACACAUCGCGUCCCCGUGAGUGUGCGCAGCGCCCUGCCCUCAGUGGCGUUGUGCAUGAGCAGCAGUGUCUUGGUGGCUGGCCGGCUCGUCACCUUCCUGCCUUGCCCGCUGCCCUCGCCUGGGGGCAUCCUGUACACCUGGGAUUUGGGGGACGGCUCCCCUAUCCUGACACAGAGCCAGCCAGCAGUCAGCCACACCUAUGCCCAUGGGGGCAGCUACAGCGUUCGCCUGGAGCUCAACAACACGGUAAGCAGUGUGGCAGCCCACGCCGACCUGCUCAUCCUGGACGAGCUCCGGGGCUUGAGUGUGCUGGUCAGCCCCACGGUGGAGCAGGGUGCCCCCGUGCUGGUGAAUGCCACCCUGGAGGCGGGCGACAACAUCACCUGGACAUUUGACAUGGGGGACGGCACGGUGUUCUCUGGCCCCGAGGCCAAGGUGCAGCACGUGUACCUGCGGGCUCAGAACUACACCGUGAGCGUGCGCGCGGCCAGCCCUGCCGGCUCCCUGGCCCGGAGUGUGCGCGUGCAGGUCUUUGUCCUGGAGGUGCUGCGCAUUGAACCUUCUGGCUGCAUUCCCACGCAGCCUGGCGUACAACUCAUGGCACACGUCACUGGUGACCCUGCCCACUACCUGUUCGACUGGACCUUUGGGGACGGUUCCUCAAACACGAGCGUCUGGGGGCGCCCCACAGUGACCCACAACUUCACGCGGAGCGGCACGUUUCCCCUGGUGCUGGUCCUGUCGAGCCGUGUGAACAAGGCACACUACUUCACGAGCGUGUGUGUGGAGCCCGAGCUGGGCAAUGUCACCCUGCAGCCCCAGCAGCAGUUCGUGCGGCUUGGGGACGAGGCCCGCCUGGUGGCUCACGUCUGGCCCUCGUUCCCCUACCGCUACACCUGGGACUCGGGCGCUCAGGAUGCCGGCCCCGCCCGCGCUGGGGGCCCUGAGGCAGCAUUCACCUUUCGGGAGCCCGGCUCCUUCCUGGUGACUGUGUGCGUGUCCAACAACGUGUCUGCUGCCAAUGACUCGGCUCUGGUGGAGGUGCAGGAGCCCGUGGUGGUCACGGGCAUAAGGGUCAACAGCUCUCGUGUGCUGGAGCUGCAGAAGCCCUACCUGUUGGCUGCCGUAGGCCGCGGGCGCCCUGCUUCCUACCGGUGGGAGCUGGGGGACGGGGCCUGGCUCCAGGGCCCUGAGGUCGUGCACAGCUACAACAGCACUGGCGACUUCACCGUCAAGGUGGCCGGCUGGAACGAGGUGAGCCGCAGCGAGUCCCAGCUGAACGUCACGGUCAAGCAGCGUGUGCGGGGGCUGCGUGUAAAUGCCAGCCGCACGGUGGUGCCCCUGAACGGCAGCGUGAGUUUCAGCACCACCCUGGAGGCCGGGAGCGACGCGCGCUAUUCGUGGGUGCUGUGCGACCGCUGCACGCCCAUCCCCGGGGGCCCCGCCAUCUCCUACACCUUCCGCUCCGUCGGCACCUUCACCAUCACCGUCACGGCAGAGAACGAGGCGGGCGCCGCCCAGGACAGCGUCUUCAUCUAUGUCCAGGAGCUCAUCGAAGGGCUGCAGGUGCUGGGCGGAGGUGACGCCUGCUGCUUCCCCACCAACCACACGCUGCAGUUGCAGGCUGCCGUCAGGGAGGGCACCAACAUCUCCUACAGCUGGACUGCCCAGCGCGAGGGUGGCCUGCCCCUCACCGGCAGUGGGAAGGGCUUUGCACUAACUGCGCUCCAGGCUGGCACCUACCACAUCCUGCUGCGGGCCACCAACAUGCUGGGCAGUGCCCUGGCCGACCGCACGGUGGACUUUGUGGAGCCUGUGGGCUGGCUCACCGUGGCCGCCUCCCCAAGCCCGGCUGCCGUCAACACGAGUGUCACCCUCCGCGCUGAGCUGGCCGGCGGCAGUGGCGUCACUUACUCCUGGUCCUUGGGUGAAGAACUGAGCUGGGAGACCCCUGAGCCCUCUACCACACACACCUUUCCCACAUCCGGCCUGUACCGGGUCACGGUCACAGCAUGGAAUCAGCUAGGCACGGCCAAUGCCACUGUCGAGGUGGCCGUGCAGGUGCCUGUGAGAGGUCUCACGAUCAAGGCUGGCGACCUGGACAGCAGUUUUGUGGCAGCUGGUUCCACCGUGCCCUUCUCGGGGCAGCUGGCUGCAGGCACCAACGUGACCUGGUGCUGGGACGUGCCUGGCGGCAGCAGGUAUGGCCAACAUGUUGCCGUGGGCUUCCCUACGGCCAGCACCUUCUCCAUCAAGCUCAAUGCCUCCAACGCAGUCAGCUGGCUUGUAGCCAUGCACAACCUCACGGUGGAAGAGUCCAUCGUGGGCCUGGUGCUGUGGGCCAGCAGCGAGGUGGCGGCGCCCAGGCAGCCUGUCCACUUCCAGAUCCUGCUGGCUGCCGGCUCGGCCGUCACCUUCCGCCUGCUGGUUGAUGGCGCUGGUCCCGAGGUACUUCCCGGGCCCUAUUUUUCCCGCAGCUUUUCCUGGGUCGGAGAGCACUUGGUAAGCGUCCAGGCCGAUAACCAUGUGAGCCGGGCGCAGGCCCAGGUGCGCGUCUCUGUGCUGGAGCCCGUGGUGGGGCUGCAGGUGCCCCACUGCUGUGAGCCAGGCAUCCCCACGGGCACUGAGCAGAACUUCACAGCACGUGUGCACCAGGGCUCCCGUGUCGCCUAUGCUUGGUACUUCUCCCUGCAGAAGGUGCAGGGUGACUCGCUGGUCAUCCUGUCGGGCCGGGACGUCACCUACACCCCCGUGGCGGCGGGGCUCCUGGAGAUCCAUGUGCGAGCCUUCAACGCGCUGGGCGGUGUGAACCUGACGCUGGCCCUGGAGGUACAAGACGUCAUCCAGUACGUGGAGCUGCGCAGGGGCCGCUGCUUCACCAACCGCUCGGCUCACUUUGAGGCUGCCACAAGUCCCAGCCCACGACGGGUGGCCUACCGCUGGGACUUUGGGGAUGGGGCUCCAGUGCAGGUCACAAGGGAACCCUGGGCUGACCACUCCUACCUGCAGCCCGGGGACUACCGCGUGCAGGUGAAUGCCUCCAACCUGGUGAGCUUCUUCGUGGCGCAGGCCACAGUGAGCGUCCAGGUGCUGGCCUGCGAGGAGCCUGCGGUGGACGUGGCCCUGCCGCUGCAGGUCACCAUGAGACGCUCGCAGCGCAACUACCUCGAAGCCCACGUCGACCUGCGUAACUGCGUCGUCUACCAGACGGAGUACCGCUGGGAGGUGUACCGCACUGCCAGCUGCCAGCGGCUGGCCCACUCGGCUCGUGUGACCCUGCCCGGUGUGGACGUGAGCCGGCCCCAGCUGGUGGUGCCUCGACUGGCCCUGCCUGUCGGCCACUACUGUUUUGUGUUUGUGGUGUCAUUUGGAGAUACGCCAUUGGCACGCAGCAUCCAGGCCAAUGUGACUGUGGCUGCCGAGCGCCUGGUGCCCAUCAUUGAGGGGGGCUCCUAUCGGGUAUGGUCGGACACCCAGGACCUGGUGCUGGACGGCAGUGAGUCGUAUGACCCGAACCUGGAGGAUGGAGAGCAGACACCUCUGAGCUGCCACUGGGCCUGCGUGGCCUCCACGCAGACCGAGGCUGGCGUGUGCACCCUGAACUUCGGGCCCCGAGGGAGCAGCGUGGUCACCAUCCCCCGGGAGCGCCUGGAAGCCGGUGUGGAGUACACCUUCAACCUCACCGUGUGGAAGGCAGGCCGGAAGGAGGAGGUCGCCAGUCAGACGGUGCUGAUCCGCAGUGGCCGACUGCCCAUCGUGUCCUUGGAGUGUGUGUCCUGCAAGGCACAGGCGGUGUACGGAGUGAGCCGCAGCUCCCACGUGUACCUGGAGGGCCGUUGUCACAACUGCAGCCGCGGCUCCAAACGAGGGCGCUGGGCUGCACGCACCUUCAGCAACAAGACGCUGGUGCUGGACAAGACAACCACGUCCACCGGCAACGCGGGCAUGCGGCUGGUGGUACGGCGCGGCGUGCUGCAGGACGGCCAGGGCUACACGUUCACGCUCACGGUGCUGGGACGCUCCGGUGAGGAGGAAGGCUGCGCUUCCAUCCGGCUGGCCCCAAACCGGCCGCCACUGGGGGGCGCUUGCCGCCUCUUCCCGCUGGCUGCCGUGCGUGCCCUCACCACCAAGGUGCAAUUCGAGUGUACAGGGUGGUGGGACGCGGAGGAUGCGGGGGCGCCCCUGGUGUACGCGUUGCUGCUGCGCCGCUGUCGCCAGGGCCACUGCGAGGAGUUCUGCAUCUAUAAAGGCAGCCUUGCAGCCUACUCUGCUGUGCUCCCACCCGGCUUCCGGCCGCACUUCCAGGUGGGCCUGGCUGUGGUGGUGCAGGACCAGCUGGGGGCUGCCGUGGUCGCCCUCAACCGGUCUCUGGUCAUCGCCCUGCCCGAGCCCAAUGGCAGCUCCCCCAGCCUCACGGCCUGGCUGCAUGGCCUCACAGCCAGCGUGCUCCCUGGCCUGCUGCGUCAGGCUGACCCCCAGCACGUUAUCGAAUACUCACUGGCCCUGGUCACUGUGCUGAACGAGUAUGAGCAGGUGCUGGACGUGGCCACAGAGGCGGAGCGGGAGCAGCAGCUGCGGGCCCAGAUACGCAAGAACAUAACAGAGACCCUGGUGUCCCUGCGGGUCAACACGGUGGACGACAUCCAGCAGAUUGCAGCCGCACUGGCCCAGUGCACGGUGUCCAGCAGGGAACUGGUGUGUCGCUCCUGCCUGAAGAAGACACUGCACAAGCUGGAAGGCAUGAUGCGCAUCCUGCAGGCCGAGACCACCGAGGGCACUGUGACGCCCACGGGCAUCGCGGACAGCAUCCUCAACAUCACAGGGGAUCUCAUCCACCUGGCUGGCCUGGACCUGCAGGGCACCCAGCUGACAGAGCCCGGCACAGAGCCACCUGCCCUGAUGGUGGCCUCCAGGGCCUACAACCUGUCUUCCGCCCUCAUGUGCAUCCUUAUGCGUUCCCGUGUGCUCAAUGAAGAACCUCUGACUCUGGCUGGUGAGGAGAUUGUGGCCCAGGGCAAGCGCUCGGACCCAUUGAGCCUGCUGUGCUAUGGCAACGCCUCUGGGCCCGGCUGCCAUUUCUCCAUCCCCGAGGCCUUCAGUGGGGCCCUGGCGCCACUCAGCGACGUGGUGCAACUCAUGCUGCUCGUGGACUCCAAUCCCUUCCCCUUCGGCUACAUCAGCAACUACACAGUCUCCACCAAGGUGGCGUCCAUGGCCUUCCAGACGCAGGCUGGCACCCACAUCCCCAUUGAGCGUCUGGCCUCGGAACGCGCCAUCACUGUGAAGGUGCCCAACAACUCGGACCAGGCCUCCUGGGGGCCCCAGGCAUCUGCGGGCUCUGCCAUCAUUCAGCCCCAGGCCUCGGUCAGCGCCGUCGUGGCCCUGGACAGCAGUAACCCUGCGGCAGGGCUGCACCUGCGGCUCACGUACACGCUGGUGAAUGGGCACUACCUGUCCGAGGAGCCUGAGCCAUACCUGGCUGUGUACCUGCACUCGGAGCCCCAGCCCAAUGAGCACAACUGCUCGGCCAGCAGGAGGAUCAGCCCGGAGCUGCUCACGGGCACCGACCACAGGCCCUACACCUUCUUCAUCGCCCCAGGAACCCGAGCACCCACUGGCAGUUACUACCUGAACCUGACAAGCCACUUCCGCUGGUCGGCGCUUGAGGUGUCCGUGGGCCUCUACACGGCCCUGUGCCAGUACUUCAGUGAGGAGGACAUGAUGUGGAAGACGGAGGGGCUCGUGCCCCUGGAGGAGACCUCGCCCAGCCAGGCCGUGUGUCUCACACGCCACCUCACUGCCUUCGGUGCCAGCCUCUUUGUGCCCCCCAGCCGUGUCCACUUCGUCCUCCCCGAGCCGGCUGCAGGCAUGAACUAUGUCAUCUUGCUGACCUGUGCUGUGUGCCUGGGGGGCUAUGCGGUCAUGGCCGUGAUCCUGCGCAAGCUGGACCAGCUAGACCUGCGCCACAUCCGGGUCAUCCCAUUCUGCGGGAAAAGGGGCCGCUUCAAGUAUGAGAUUCUGGUCAAGACCGGCUGGGGCAGGGGCUCGGGCACCACAGCACACGUGGGCAUCAUGCUGUAUGGGGCAGACAGCCGCAGCGGCCACCGGCACCUGCACGGGCACAGGGCCUUCCACCGCAACAGCCUCGACAUCUUCCAGAUUGCCACCCCACACAGCCUGGGCAGCGUGUGGAAAAUCCGCGUGUGGCAUGACAACAAAGGGCUCAGCCCAGCCUGGUUCCUGCAGCACGUGAUCGUCCGGGACCUGCAGAGCGCACGCAGCACCUUCUUCCCGGUCAAUGCCUGGCUCUCAGUGGACACAGAGGCCAACGGCGGCCUGGUGGAGAAGGAGGUGCUGGCGGCAAGCGACACCGCCUUGUGGCAGUUCCGACGCCUCCUGGUGGCCGAGCUGCAGCGUGGCUUCUUUGACAAACACAUCUGGCUGUCUGUGUGGGAUCGUCGGCCCCGCAGCCGCUUCACCCGCGUGCAGAGAGCCACCUGCUGCGUGCUGCUGCUCUGCCUGUUCCUGGGCGCGAACGCCGUGUGGUAUGGGAUCGUGGGAGACGCCACCUACAGCACGGGGCCUGUGUCCAGGGUGGUCCCACUGAGCCUCGGCACGGCCGCCGUGGGCCUGGUGUCCAGCGUCAUCGUGUACCCCGUCUACUUGCUUGUCCUGUUCCUCUUCCGCAUGUCCCAAAGCAAGGUAGCUAGGGGCCUGGGCCAUGCCCCACCAGGCCCGCCGGAGCUGGACGGGGACAGCUGCCUGGACUCAUCUGUGCUGGACAGCGCCUUCCUCGGCCUGGCAGGACUCCGGGCGGAGGCCUUUGCUGGGCACACAAAAAGUGACUCAUUUCUGGAAGAUUCCAAUAGCCUGGCCUGCUGGCCAUCCAGCGAGGGGACAUUCAGCUGGCCAGACCUGCUCAGCGACCCGUCCAUCGUGGGCAGCACCCUGCAGCGGCUGGCAAGGGUCCGCAUGGGCCGGCUGCUGGGCGCAGAGGAGGACAGCCUGUCCCUGGCCAGCCCCUGCUCCCCGGCCAAGUACCUGUCAGCACUAGAUGAAGACCUGAUCCGGCAGGUCCUGGCUGACGGGGCAAGUGGCCUGACCUCCCAGGACCCAGAGAUGGAAACGGACCUGCUGACCGGCUUAAGUGGAGCAGCUGGCACUCAAACCAGUGCGCUUGGGGGUGCUGGGACGUCCCUCCCCCUUCCCUCCCCAGGCCUCACCUGCCAAUCACAGCUUUCUCUGUCUCCAGGCCCGGCGGAGGGGCCGCGGAAGUGCCUGCUGCCGGCCUGGUGUGCCCCCCUGGCCCACGGGCUCAGCCUGUUCCUGGUGGCCGUGGCUGUAGGGGUCUCCGGGUGGGUCGGCACCAGUUUCCCCCCCAGCGUGAGCGUCUCGUGGCUCCUGUCGAGUAGCUGCAGCUUCGUGGUCUCGUUCCUGGGCUGGGAGCCCCUGAAGGUCCUGUUGGAAGCCCUGUACUUCUCACUGCUGGCCAAGCGCCUGCACCCCGACGAGGAUGACAGCCUGGUGGGAAGCCCGGCUGUGACGCCCGUGGGCGAGCGCGUGCCCCGUGUGCGCCCGCCCCAUGGCUUUGCGCUUUUCCUGGCCAAGGAGGAGGCCCGCAAGGUCAAGAGGCUGCACGGCAUGCUGAAGAGCUUCCUGGUGUACCUGCUUUUCCUGCUGGUGACGCUGCUGGCCAACUACGGGGACGCCUCCUCGCACGGCCACGCCUACCGCCUGCAGAGCGCCCUCAAGCAGGAGCUGGCCAGCAGGGCCUUCCUGGCCAUCACCCGGUCUGAGGAGUUCUGGCCGUGGAUGUCCCGCGUGCUGCUCCCCUCGGUGCACGGGAACCAGUCCGGCCCGGAGCUGGGGCCCCCGCGCCUGCGGCAGGUGCGGCUGCGGGAAGGGCUGUGCCCGGAGGUGCCCGGCGCAGGACCGCGCGCCUGCUCGGCCUCGGGCAGCUUCAGCACCGGCGACUACAGCGUCGGCUGGGGCCGCGAGGCCCGCAACGGCUCUGCCCCGUGGGCCUACUCGGCGCCUGACCUGCCGGGCACCUGGUCCUGGGGCCACUGCGCCGUGUACGACAGCGGGGGCUACGUGCAGGAGCUGGGCCUGAGCCUGGAGGAGAGCCGCGCGCGUCUGCGCUUCCUGCGGCGGCACAACUGGCUGGACGACAGGAGCCGCGCCGUGUUCGUGGAGCUCACGCGCUACAGCCCGGCCGUGGGGCUGCACGCCGCCGUCACCCUGCGCCUCGAGUUCCCCGCCGCCGGCCGCGCCCUGGCCGCGCUCAGUGUCCGCCCCUUCGCGCUGCGCAGGCUCAGCGGGGGGCUGUCGCUGCCGCUGCUCACCUCGGUGUGCCUGCUGCUGUUCGCGCUCUACUUCUCCGUGGCCGAGGUCCACGCGUGGCGCAGGGAGGGACGCGCGCGGGCGGCGCGGCCGGGGCCCUGGGCGAGGUGGCUGCUGGUGGCGCUGACGGCGGCCGCCGCCCUGGUGCGCCUGGCCCAGCUGGGCGCCGCGGACCGCCAGUGGGCGCUGCUGGUGCGGGGCCGCCCGCGCCGCUUCACCAGCUUCGAGCAGGUGGCCCAGCUGGGCGCCGCUGCCCGCGGCCUGGCGGCCUCGCUGCUCUUCCUGCUGCUGCUCCAGGCCGCCCGGCAGCUGCGCUUCGUGCGCCAGUGGUCCAUCCUGGGCAAGACGCUGCGCCGGGCCCUGCCCGAGCUGGCCGGGGCCGCCGUGGGCCUGCUGCUGCUGGGCGCCGCCUACACGCAGCUGGCCGUGCUGCUCGUCUCCUCCGCAGACAGCCUCCGGAGCGCGGCGGGGGCCCUGGUGGUGCUGUGCCCGGGCGCCGGGCUCGGGGUCCCCACGCCGUGCCCAGGUGGCUCCUGGCCCCUGUUCCCGCUGCUGUGCGCGGGGCUCUGGGCCCUGCGGCUGUGGGGCGCGCUGCGGCUGGGCGCCGUGGUGCUGCGCUGGCGCUACCGCGGGCUGCGUGGGGAGCUGUACCGGCCGGCCUGGGAGCCGCAGGACCACGAGAUGGUGGAGCUGCUGCUGCGAAGGCUGCGCCUCUGGCUGGGCUUCAGCAAGGCCAAGGAGUUCCGCCACAAAGUGCGCUUCGAGGGCAUGGAGCCCCUGCCCUCCCGCUCUUCCCGGGGCUCCAAGGCGUCAGAUGCCCGCCUGCCCAGCGCCGGUUCCGAUGCCUCCCACCCCUCCACGUCCUCCAGUCAGCUGGACGGCCCUGGCCCUGGGCACCCAGGUGCGCGCGGGGAGCCAGAGCCUUCCCGGCUGCACGCGGUGUUCGAGGCCCUGCUUGCGCAGUUCGACCGGCUCAACCAGGCCACGGAGGAGGUCUACCAGCUCGAGUGGCGGCUGCAGAGUCUCCUGCCUGCCUCUGACCCGAGGCCUGCCCAGGCUGGCACGGACGCAGCCCCAGGGCCCACCAGGACCUCUGCACGGGGCAAGAACAGAGUACACCCCAGCAGCACCUAGCCCUGGGGAACCAGGACCGCUCAGUAUUACUUUCUGCCCCAGCGAGGGCUGGGCAGGCAGGCGCUGUCUGCCCACGAGCUGCCGCACUUUAGGAGGCUGCGUGGCCGGCCAGGCCCCUGCCCGCUGCCCGCCGGAGGCCACAGCAGUACUGGACGGGCGAGUGCCCCCCCUGAGAUGCUAACUUAUUCCCCAGGUCCUCAGGUACAGCGGGCCUGUGCCGGCCUCAGGCUCGGGGGCAGGCAGCCCGCUUUCCUUCCCUCCCCCUAAGUUAUUGCCUUCGCUGCCCCAUGCAGGGCACCGCUGCCAGCCACUGCCUCUAUCGUAAUUUAUAUGGUGUUGAGAUGUGCAUAUUUUUGUAAGUCACAACUUUCCAGUAGGGCUGAGGAGCCCGCGGGCGCACAUGCGGGGGCCAGGAAGCCACGCCACCUCUUGGAUCCGAGUCCCCCACGUCCCUAUUUGUCUCUGGUGCCUGGGGCUGGCUCCCAGGCCUGGGAAGGGGUGUCUGCCCUCAGGCAAUGCCAGGCUCCCCGCGGGGGAGGGGGCGCCCCAGCUGCCUCCCCCCACUCUGCCCCAAGCAGACAAAGUCAAAUAAAGAAGCUGA